AUGAACAAGAUACUCUCAACCACUCUUUGCUUCGGACUCUCAACUUUGUUAUCUGUAAUGAUCUCUUUAGAAUCAGUGCAUGGACGGCCAUAUCUUAUCCAAGGAAAUGAAUUGUUUCCAGAUAAAGAAGAUACAAAUCAAGAAGCACUAUUGCUGGCUCUACUGAAUAAAAAUGUUGAUUUCCAGAGACCUGCCAACAUUGAUACAGAACUGGCUAACAAAUUGGAAGAACUGAACCAGCUGGAAAAGCUAAAGGAGCAACUCAUGGAGGCAAAGGAUGCUGAGAUGUCCUAUGCUGUAGAUGGUCUGUCCUCUUCCUAUCCUAAUAAGCGAGCUUGCUUUUGGAAAUACUGUGUCUAA